GUUUCCCCCAGUCGUGUAACGCGCAGUGUAUGUCAAACUGAUGACUUCGUAAAUGAAGAGACCCAUGACCAUCCUAUUCUCGACCAGGAGGCGUUAACGCGUCUCAUUCUGCGUUAAUGAUGCCGUGCGCGAACGAUCGCGCUGAAAGAGGAUGGACGAUGGUCACGGGCCUCGACGAAAAGAAGUCGACGGCAUUGCACGGGCUAGAUUGAGGAGCAUACUCACGAUUCAGUAGCGGACGCAGGUAUCCUAGCCUUUCCCUUGAACUGGAGAACGAUCUGCUUGAGCGAGGUAGGCUCAUGCAGAUGAAGAACGACGUUCCCGCUGAGCAGAGCGGGGUUGACGUCCACGCCGGUGCCUCUGAGGCACAAGACGUCGGAGUUGACCAAGAUCUCGAGGGAGGGUUCACUCUUGGACUUUUCUCUGUGCAUAUCGUGGUCGUGGUGCUGGUUGGAGUGGGUGGGGGGAUGGUUGGAGUUGCCGCCGCUUAAUGAAGCAAAUGCAGCAUGAAGGGCAGCAGUAAGCGAGUCAUCCUCGGGCUGCUCGCGCGUGGGCAGCGGAUGGGACCAGAUGAAGGACAUGUCGACAAAAGAGAAGAACGAAUAUGGACAGGUGUUGCGUGCUGACUAGCUGAGACGGUCGAUCUCGGCCUCCUGGAGGGGAGAGCCUAGACAAGUAUGUUUGCCAAUUGUGAGGGAGAAGAGGGUGGAUGUAUGCGCGUGGUGAGGGGAAGAGACGAAAAGGAAAGCAGCAGGGGUACGGGAGAAGGCAAGAGAUAAAUAAUGGCAUUUGUGCCAGCCAUUUUGGCGGGUGAAACGGUGCAACGGAAAGGAACUCUUCGCUUCUGCCACCUGCCCGAACCGAUCCCGCCACGUGCUCCCAUCUCGAUUACCCGGGCCUCGGUCCUGUCCCCGGCUUCACCCUUCCUCUUCCUCGGCCUCCUUUCGGAUGAACCAUGUCAGGUCCUGUCAGUGUACAGACACCGUCAGCUUCGUAUGUUUUACUUUGCGAUUUUAUGUUCCAUCUCCAAAACCCAACCUCCCGUAAAUGUCGUGGCGUGAGUGUGGAUGCAAGAGUUAUCGCGAACAUUCUUCGGCCUCGUUGCGUCAUUCUGGACCUCACCUUGAAUGGUGUAUCAUCCGCCGGACGGCACCUCAAUCUCCUCUAUCGGUUCCAGGCCUUAUCGUCUGCAUUUCAAUAUUAUGCCAGUUUCCAACACAUAUCGAUGGCGGUCGCGACAUUCGACUGGGUAUUAAAUCCUCCUGAUUAUCGUCUGUUUUCUGCCACGACUCUCCGGCCCACACAUGCGUCGAUGGAAACUGUUGGAAACCCUUUCUCCACCGACAAUCAUUUUCUUUUGUUUCCUGGACAUCUCAUCUAUUCUCAGCAUGAAAAUCUUCCAGGGUACUCAGAGGAACAACGCAACUUCUACGAACAUCCUUCAUAUUAGGGCACAAAGGCUAAUAGCAUAGACUUCUAGACUUCUCUACAAGCUCCAAAAGGGGCAGAACGCCACAAUGCCGUUGUCGAAGGUUCGAAGUCCUUCUCAACAUCUAGAUGUCCCUGCACAUUAGCAAUCUUACUGCCUUCCAGACGAGGUUCUUGCACUCGGUUGCUGUUCUAUCGGCGAGUCGUCGGACCAACUAUAACGUUGUUCCUGCCGCAAGCAUCGUAGAAGCUUACCACCGACGGCAUUUCCCAUUUAGCACGCAGUCAGGGCCAUAACAUGCUAACAUUCUGAUGAUUUCUAAAGCACCUAGCCGAAUUUCACAA